ACUUUUGUGAUGAUGGGCUCAUAAGCAGUGGUGCAGGUAGAAGAUGUGAACACAAACACAAAGUUAAAGAUGAAGGCAUUGCGGGCAUAUUUCUUGUCAUCUAUGCACCGAGGAGAUCCGACAAUGCGAUAGCCCGAAAUAUCCCUGAAAAGGAUAUACUCAUGUCAUUCCCUGUAUUCCUCAGAAACAAGAGAAUCUGGUCACAGAUACUUUGUGAGUGAAAUGAUGGAAUCAGUGAGUUCAUAAGGCCUAAGGGCUGUGUGUCAGUGUGAUAAACACUCACACAGAAAUGAGCCUGUUGUAUAGGUUUGGUUUGGUGAUGAUGAGGUCGUGGACGGCUUCGAACGACUCCUGCAUGGGGAAACUCCCAGGAACCUACAGCACCGGACAGGACUAGUGUCAUGCGACGGGAUCGAACUCACUGAAAAAGAAACACUUGAGCUCUUCAGCCAUUCCAAGCAAUGCACACCAACAAGAGGUCGAAGGUCGAGGAAAUUAACCCCACGCGUAUAAUAUUUGAGCAGAAAAAUGGAGACAGGGAAAGACAGAGUAAGAGCACUUUUCAAAAGAAGGCCUGGAGAACAGUUUAUGUUGGAGGAGGUGCGGGAGUUCCAGGCCACAGUGCUAGUGGCCACACUCACUGGGUUCCUGCUGGGAGGACUGGUGGGUGCUCGCUAUGCCGGAGACAAGUUUGUCAGGAUCAGUCAGAGUUCAAAGUUCUCUUCAACUAUGCAGGCACAGCGUGAGUUGCACACAGCGUCAUUUCUGGGGUUCACCAGGAAUGGAUGUCGCUGGGGCUGGAAGUUAGGUGUCUUCUCUGCAAUCUUCAGUGGAACAAAUAUCUUACUAUCAACAUACAGAGAUACUAGUGAUGCACUCAACUACAUCGCAGCUGGAGGCAACUGUGAGUGGAUCUCUCUUCAGACUACCCUCAGGAAUAAAGCCUGCCAUUGGUGGAAUGGUGUUGGGCACAUUAUUAAGAAAUACCUCAUUCCUACAUGCAGUGUUCCAGUGGGUGUGUUCAUGCAUGGCCUGGAGAGAGGGCUGGUGAGCCAGGACCAGAGAGAUGAGAUCAGGAAAAGAAAAUAUGACCAGUACAGACUACGGCAACUACAGUGGGAGAGUCGUUUGGGGAGCACAGCCAGGCUAAUAGAAGGACUGGAACAAGAGCUAGAGAGCCCAGGAUCCCGUCCUCUUAGCUCAACAUCAUGUGAAACUGAACAAAUGACUUCAACCGCUAAAGAUGAUGUUCAAAGCUAAUGGUCAAUGUUAGUAUAAGCAGAGGUACACUCUUUUACUUCAUACAUAUACAGCUAAGCGAUCAUCUUAGCAAGUGAGAGAACUCUCGACCAUUCGGCAGCAUUCACUGUGCUCUUUGGUGCCUGACAGAGGCAGUACGUCAUUCUAAUCUUUGUAGUUCAAAGGUGAUGCCC